ACAGGUUGGAGCGGCUUCUCAUUCGCACUGCCGCACAUCCAAGAUGAAAACAAUAACGCGCCUGCUCAUUUUAUUUUUGAGUGUUUCUGGCAUCUGUGUUUUUUGGGGAGAAGAAGUCUUACAAUACGUUCUGCCUCAGCAACAAAGAUCCUGUGCUUGUGACCGAUGUCUAUUUGAAAAUGAUACGUUGGCCAUUCAGAAUAUCAGCAGAUUUCCACAACCACUUUUAUCCAGGAAGUACAAUCUGUCAGAAGAGGAUUUCAACUGGUGGAAGCGCCUACAGCCUGGAGGCGGAAGCAUCAGUGACUACAGAAAAAAGAUCGAAAAGGUUUUUCAGCUGAUCCCAGACAACCCUCCUCUUGAAGCAUCCAGCCCCGGAUAUUGCAGGACUUGUGCUGUGGUGGGAAACUCUCGUAAUUUGUUAAAAUCACAUUACGGACCUCUCAUAGAUUUCCAGGACUACGUCAUAAGAAUAAACAAGGGUCGUUCCGAAGGCUUUGAAGCAGAUGUUGGGAACAGAACCACUCAUCGUGUCAUGUAUCCAACGAGUGCUUCUCAGUUAGAUAACACCACUCAUCCGGUGCUGUUUGCAUUCAAAAUGUGGGAUCUUGGAUGGAUUACGAGGGUCCUCAGCACACAACAAUCAAAAAAACCCUUAUUCAACAAGGAUUUGGUGAUGGUCCUUAAUCCAGCUUUCAUGACGAAUAUUCAUAAAGUGUGGCUGAAAAGGAAGGGCGCUUGUCCCUCCACCGGUUUCAUGGCUUUGGUUCUUUCCCUGCAUAUUUGUGACGAGGUCCAUGUGUUUGGUUUUGGAGCAGACAGUGAUGGAAACUGGAGUCAUUACUGGGAACAAAUCACCUACAAAAGACUAAGAACUGGAAGACAUCCUGGAAAAGUAGAGUAUAAAUGA